AUGGUAGCGACAAGGGAUGAUACAGAAGUGCCUCAUCGGGAAUUCUCUAUCAGUGAACCUGACUAUGAUCCCAACCAUGAGAAUUUGGAUGGCCCUUGUAACACUGAAAAGCUUAGUAGCGGGGGUCUCUCCAACUCAGAUUCGCCGAGAGCAUCCGCUGAUCAGUACUGGGCCAUGCACGAUGCUCGCCACUGGAAGCCAGCUUACAAGCUAGCCAUAUCUCUCGGUGCAAUUGCAUCAUAUUUUUCAGUUACACUUGCGACUUCGAUAUAUAUCGCGAGUAUACCAGGGGUAAUGCAGGAAUUUGGCAUAAGUCUAACAUUGGCUAUUUCUCCCUUAACCUUCUACGCAAUGGGCUUUGUGAUUGGCCCUAUGUGCACGUCUGCAUUCUCGGAAGAGUUUGGCAGGCGUUACAUAUACAAAACUUCGCUGCUUCUGCACGUUGUUUUUACGAUUGUUGGUGGAUCGUCCCACAACUUUCGGACAUUGGCAGUUGCUCGUGCCGUAUGCGGCAUCGUUGGUUCUCCAUGCGUGACUGUUUUUGCUGGGGUACUCAAUGAUAUGUGGCUGCCAACAGAGAAGGCGGGGAGUGCUAUUUUCGCAAUAUAUGGCAUCAUGGGGGCGGUUGCCGCCGAAAUUGGACCCGUCGCAGGGGAGUCAAUUGUUAAGGAUCGUGGCUGGCGCUGGAGCUUUUGGCUUACAUCCAUUGUUGUUGGGGCCUGCUUCUUGGCUAUGGUAUGGGUGCCUGAGACAUAUGGCCCUGAGCUUCAAAGAAAACAUUUGGGCCUACCACGCCGGAAAUUCAAGGGAGCUUUUGGGCCUGUCUUUGUGCGACCGGUAAAGAUGCUUCUACUAGAACCUGUCAUCCUUCCCACAGCUGCUAUUGUCACAAUGGGCCAGAUUGUUGUCUUUGUCUUCUAUGCAAGCUGGCCCAUUAUCCUGGAGCGCGAGUAUAAUUUCUCGGCGUAUCAGGUCGGACUAGCAUUCUUACCCUUGAUGAUUGGUAGUCUGUUGACGCUACCUGUGUUGUCCUUGACAAUGAAAGGGAGGCAAAUGUCAGAUCCACAACCAGAAGACACACUGACUGCCGCGAUGAUAGCGGGAAUCCUGUUACCCGUUAGCCUCUUCUGGCGAAUUAACAGAAAAAACAGGGUUGCAUGGACGGCGCGGUCUAGCAUCCACUGGAUAUGUCCUCUUAUUGGUGGAGCUGUCUAUGGCCUAGGAUUUGCUUUAUCACAGCUUGUUUACCCAUUAUACAAAAACGAGGUCUAUGGAGCUGAAUUGGGCGCAUCCUCAUUCGCUAUCGACGUCGCUAUGCGCUACACAUUCUCAUGUGUUUUCCCACUUUUUACUGUCCAAAUGGUCAAUAAAAUCACAUUUGGAUGGACCAUGUCACUCUGUGCUUUUGUCUUGCUGGCACUGGCGCCUGUUCCCUUCAUCCUAAAAAGGUAUGGUCCAAUCUUGAGAGCUAAAAGCCGGUACGUGAGAAAGAGGUCUUUGGACAGCGAGCGUGACAACAUGAUGAAUCGACCUUAA